CACGCCCAUAUAUGAAAUUAGUUCAUUUUUAUUAUAUAUAUAAAAAACACUUAUUGGUGUUUCAGAUGCUAUCUCGGAGCAUUUUAACCAAAUCGUUAUGCACGUAAUUUAAAACACUGUUCAAAUGCAAUUUCCUGUGUUCUUAUCCAAUUUUUGAAGUUGCUGAUUUUCUGCUUCCAUACAGGUGCUAACUGUUGUAGUUAGCUGAUUGGAGAGCUAUAUGAUGGGACGGUACAACUGCAUUCAGCUGCUGGUCUUCCAUGCUUACCAUUUAAAAUCACAGACCCUUCCGUACCGCGACUAAACCCACCAUGGUUUUCUUGUGGCACGGUCUUUUCAUUUUGGCAACUUCCACAUUAGUUUUGACUGAUGAUGCAAAUAUUAAUGUGAAAUGCAGAAAGGACUCUGUUAUAGUUACGUGGAAGGUUGGCCAAGCCCUGGCCAGUUAUCCCUCACGGCUUCUCUUGGGCAACUGUGCUCCUUCAAAAUUCUCACGUACAUCAGAUGGAGGCGGGAAGGCAGUUUUUCACUACCGACUAUCUGAAUGCCGUUUCAGACAAAUGAGAACAAAGAAGCUGCUUGUCUUUAAAAAUAUGCUGGCCUUCAGGCCACUGAUGGGGCAAUAUACCACUACGACCAACUAUCCCAUUGAGUGCGCUUUUGAAAGGCCUGAAUGGGUGCGUCCCUAUCUUGAGCCUGCUUUUGGUGCUUUGCAAGAUUAUGGAAGGCUGGUCUUCAGCAUGGGCCUGCUAAAUGAUGACUUGAGUGGCCCAGCACUCUCGAAUGUCUUUACCCUGGGGUCCUUUAUUUACGUCUGGGCUGCAGUGGAACAGCAGAUGCACCAGCCCCUAAUGCUGUAUAUGGAGGAGUGUGUGGCCACCAACACUGCAGUAAUUGGACCAGACUCUCAGAUUUUUCCAGUAAUUGCUAACCAAGGAUGUCUUGUGGAUAAGAGUUCAAGGUUCUUGCCAAGAUCUGAUUCCUCUUUUCUGCUGCUUCAGCUGCAAGCCUUCAAAUUUGCAAUGGGCUCAGAAGUGUACCUCCAUUGCAAACUAGUGGUAUGGGACCCUGAUGAUCUAAAUGAAGAAAAGAAGGCUUGCAAUUUCAACAGAGACCUUGGAAAAUGGGAACUCUUGGAUGACCCUUUUCAGAAUGACCUGUGCCAUUGCUGUGACUCUGGAUGUAGGACAAGGAAGCAGAGCUUCCAGUCUGAACCCAAAGAACUUGCUCAAAGACGUGUAUUGGGACCACUGGUUAUAAAUUCCAGUACUUCAAACAAUGACGGCAACAAAAGCGCCUUCUUGGAUCUGACACAGCUGUAGUGGCUCCGGAACUUGUGGGUGGGGGUUGUACUGGGUCACUUGGAACAUCUGCAUGUAUGAGGUCAAUGACUGAAGCUUGUAAAAUUUGUUGCAUAGAAUUUGCCUUAGACUAGCCACAUCCUCAUUACCAAGAUGUUUCCCACCCCUUCCCAGUCAUCGGGAAGAAUAAAACCAUUGGUUGGUAA